UGUCUCACAAGUGUCCUCCUAGGUUUGGGAACCUCGGAUUAGUUCCAUUCCUGAGUGUGUGUGUGUGUGUGUGUGUGUGUGUGUGUGUGUGUGUGUGUGUGUGUGUGUGUUUAGUUAGCUGGCACGAUACACUUCCCCAGGGUUGUGUUUCCUUUUUCCUGAGAUUUGGCUAAGGGUAAAGGGUCGGAGUCACAUGGAUUGAAAGCAUUUGAUUGAUGUCCAAGUCACCGCUGUGGCUGCCGGAGCCGCCUCCCCUCCGGCUGGGGCCGCGUGAGGCCGGAGCGGCGGGCCGGGCCGGGAUCCGGCUCCCCCGGGAGUGUCCUGCUCCGGGUCCCGCGCCUCCCGCGCGCGUGCGGCAGCCCGAGCCCCCUCCUCUGCCCACGCCCCGGCCUCGGGCCAGCAUGUGAAGCUGCGCGGUCGGGUCCGGCUUGGGACUCCGCGGAGGCGGCAACUUUGCGGGCGGCAGAGGCGGCAGCAGGCGCGGGGCAGCGCACUUGCCCCCAGCCCCGCGCCCGGCCCGCCACCAUGAGCGACGAGAGCGCCAAGGACGCGGACAAGCAGCUUCGUCUGCGCGUGUGCGUGCUCAGUGAGCUGCAGAAGACCGAGCGCGACUACGUGGGCACGCUGGAGUUCCUGGUGUCGGCCUUCUUGCAUCGAAUGAACCAGUGCGCAGCAGCAAAGGUUGACAAAAAUGUGACGGAGGAAACAGUGAAGAUGUUAUUCUCCAAUAUUGAGGAGAUCCUUGCUGUCCACAAGGAGUUCCUGAAAGUUGUAGAGGAAUGCUUACACCCUGAACCCAAUGCCCAGCAAGAAGUGGGAACCUGCUUUCUUCACUUUAAAGACAAAUUUCGUAUUUAUGAUGAAUACUGCAGCAACCAUGAAAAGGCACAAAAAUUGCUUCUGGAACUGAACAAAAUAAGAACAAUCCGGACGUUUCUUUUAAACUGCAUGCUGCUUGGCGGACGGAAGAACACAGAUGUUCCCCUGGAAGGGUACUUAGUGACACCAAUCCAAAGAAUAUGCAAGUACCCUCUCCUGCUGAAGGAGUUACUGAAGAGGACCCCACGGAAACACAGUGACUACGUGGCAGUGAUGGAAGCCCUCCAAGCCAUGAAAGCUGUGUGUUCCAACAUCAACGAGGCCAAGAGACAGAUGGAGAAACUGGAAGCUUUAGAGGAGUGGCAGUCCCACAUUGAAGGCUGGGAGGGGUCCAACAUCACUGACACCUGCACGGAGAUGCUGAUGUGUGGAGUCUUAAUGAAAAUCUCUUCUGGAAAUAUUCAAGAACGGGUGUUUUUUCUUUUUGAUAAUCUGUUGGUGUACUGCAAAAGAAAACACAGACGGCUGAAGAAUAGCAAGGCAUCCACAGAUGGACACAGGUACAUUUUUCGAGGUCGGAUCAAUACUGAGGUGAUGGAAGUGGAAAACGUAGAUGAUGGCACAGCUGAUUUUCACAGCAGUGGGCACAUUGUUGUGAAUGGGUGGAAGAUACAUAACACAGCGAAGAAUAAAUGGUUUGUAUGCAUGGCUAAAAGCCCUGAAGAGAAGCAUGAAUGGUUUGAAGCUAUUCUGAAAGAAAGAGAACGUCGGAAAGGCUUAAAGUUAGGAAUGGAGCAAGACACCUGGGUAAUGAUCUCUGAGCAGGGUGAGAAAUUGUAUAAAAUGAUGUGCCAACAGGGAAGUCUGAUCAAGGACAGAAAAAGAAAACUGACUACAUUCCCUAAGUGCUUCCUUGGCAGUGAAUUUGUGUCAUGGCUUCUGGAAAUUGGGGAAAUUCACAGGCCUGAAGAAGGUGUUCAUCUGGGACAAGCAUUGUUAGAAAAUGGGAUCAUCCACCAUGUUACCGACAAGCAUCAGUUCAAGCCAGAGCAAACGCUGUACCGAUUCCGCUAUGAUGAUGGCACAUUUUAUCCCAGGAGUGAGAUGCAGGAUGUGAUUUCAAAGGGUGUAAGGCUGUACUGUCGUCUUCAUAGUUUGUUUACUCCAGUGGUCAGAGAUAAAGAUUACCAUUUAAGGACCUACAAGUCUGUGGUCAUGGCCAACAAAUUGAUAGACUGGUUAAUUGCACAGGGUGAUUGCCGUACCAGGGAAGAGGCAAUGAUAUUUGCUGUUGCACUCUGUGACAACGGAUUUAUGCACCAUGUCCUGGAAAAAAGUGAAUUCAAAGAUGAGCCUCUACUUUUCCGCUUUUUUGCUGAUGAGGAAAUGGAAGGAUCAAAUAUGAAACACAGGCUUAUGAAACAUGACUUGAAAGUUGUGGAGAAUGUCAUAGCUAAGUCACUGUUGAUUAAAUCCAAUGAAGGCAGCUAUGGAUUUGGGCUGGAAGACAAAAAUAAAGUUCCAAUAAUCAAGUUAGUGGAAAAGGGGUCUAAUGCUGAGAUGGCUGGCAUGGAAGUUGGGAAGAAGAUUUUUGCUAUUAAUGGUGACCUGGUUUUUCUGAGACCUUUCUCUGAAGUCGAUUGCUUCCUGAAAUCCUGCUUAAACAGCACAAAGCCUCUGAGAGUCCUCAUGAGCACAAAGCCAAGGGAGACAGUUAAAAUCCCAGAUUCUGCGGAUGGACUGGGUUUCCAGAUCAGAGGCUUUGGCCCGUCGGUUGUACAUGCGGUGGGAAGAGGUACUGUGGCCGCAGCAGCUGGCCUUCACCCAGGGCAGUGUAUUAUCAAAGUAAAUGGAAUCAAUGUCAGCAAAGAGACACAUGCCAGUGUCAUCGCACAUGUGACAGCCUGUCGGAAAUACAGGCGGCCAAUGAAGCAAGAUUCCAUACAAUGGGUUUAUGAUAGUCUUGAAAGUGCUCAUGAAGACCUCCAGAAGUGUCCCUCGAAGUCCCCUGGAGAUGAGGCAGGGGAUGCCUUUGACUGCAAAGUAGAAGAGGUCAUCGACAAGUUCAACACCAUGGCCAUUAUCGACGGCAAGAAGGAGCAUGUGAGUCUGACCGUGGACAACGUCCACCUCGAGUACGGGGUUGUCUAUGAAUAUGACAGCACAGCAGGCACCAAGUGCAACGUUGUGGAGAAGAUGGUGGAGCCCAAAGGCUUCUUCAGCCUGACUGCCAAGAUUUUGGAAGCCCUUGCCAAAAGUGAUGAUCAUUUUGUACAAAACUGCACCAGCCUUAACUCUUUGAAUGAAGUGAUACCCACAGAGCUUCAGAAUAAAUUCAGCACCAUGUGCAGUGAAAGGAUUGAACAUGUAUGCCACAGAAUAUCGAGUUACAGAAAGUUCUCUCGGGUGCUAAAGAACAGAGCCUGGCCUACCUUUAAGCAGGCCAAAUCUAAGAUCUCCCCACUGCACAGCAGUGACUUCUGCCCAACCAACUGUCAUGUCAAUGUGAUGGAAGUUUCUUAUCCUAAAACAUCAACUUCCCUGGGGAGUGCCUUCGGUGUUCAGCUGGAUAGUAGGAAACAUAGUUCUCAUGACAGAGAAAAUAAGUCUUCAGAGCCAGGGAAACUGAGCCCCAUGGUCUAUAUUCAACACACAAUCACAACCAUGGCAGCCCCUUCGGGCCUGUCUCUGGGACACAAAGAUGGCCAUGGACUUCGAUAUUUAUUGAAAGAAGAAGACUUAGAAACUCAAGACAUCUAUCAGAAACUCCUCGUCAAACUCCAGACUGCACUGAAGGAGGUGGAGAUGUGUGUUUGUCAAAUAGAUGACCUCCUGUCUUCAAUAACAUAUUCUCCUAAGUUGGAGCGUAAGACAACAGAAUGCAUGAUACCAACAGACAGUGACAAUGAGAAGGGAGAGAGAAACAGCAAGCGUGUCUGUUUUAAUGUAGCCGGAGAUGAGCAAGAGGAUUCAGGUCACGACACCGUCAGCAACAGAGACUCUUACAGUGACUGCAAUAGCAACAGGAAUUCCGUGGCCUCCUUCACGAGCAUCUGCAGCAGCCAGUGCAGUUCCUACUUUCACAGUGAUGAGAUGGACUCAGGUGAUGAACUUCCUCUCAGCGUCCGCAUAUCUCAUGAUAAACAGGACAAGAUACACACUUGCCUGGAGCAGCUUUUCAACCAGAUGGAUUCCAUAACCAACCUCUUGAAAGGGCAAGCUGUUGUACGGGCCUUUGAGCAAACCAAGUAUCUCACACCAGGUCGAGGAUUGCAAGAAUUUCAACAGGAAAUGGAGGCAAAGCUGAGUUGCCCGAAAAGGUUAAGGCUUCACCUCAAGCAGGAUCCUUGGAAUCUUCCCAGCAGCGUCCGGGCUCUUGCACAGAACAUCAGAAAAUUUGUUGAAGAGGUGAAGUGUCGGAUACUCCUGGCUCUCCUUGAAAACUCAGACAGUGACACUCAGCUCCGGAGAGACAUGGUUUUUUGCCAGAGUCUUGUGGCUGCUGUCUGCGCCUUCUCUGAGCAGCUCUUGGCCGCCUUAAACCAGAUGUUUGACAACAGCAAGGAAAAUGAAAUGGAGACCUGGGAAGCCAGCAGAAGGUGGCUGGACCAGAUUGCAAAUGCAGGUGUUCUUUUUCACUUCCAGUCACUUCUGUCACCAAAUUUGAAAGAUGAACAAGCCAUGCUGGAAGAUACACUGGUUGCUCUAUUUGAUUUGGAAAAAGUCUCCUUUUUCUUCAGACCAUCAGAAGAGGAACCACUGGUUGCAAAUGUCCCUCUCACAUACCAAGUGGAAGGAAGCCGGCAGGCGCUGAGAGUGUACUUCUCCAUCGAUAGGCACCACUUUGAGCAGCUGCCCCGCCGGCUGAAGAGCGGAGGAGGGUUUAAAAUUCACCCUGUUCUGUUUUCACAAGCCUUGGAAAGCAUGGAAGGAUAUUACUAUGGAGACCACAUUUCCGUGGAAGAGUUUCAAGCCCAGAUAAACACGGCCUCCCUGGAAAAGGUCAGACAGUACAGUCAGAAGCUCAGGGCAUUUUACUUGGACAAGUCAAAUUCACCACCAAAUGCCACAUCCAAAGCUGCCUACAUAGAUAAGCUCAUGAGGCCUCUCAAUGCUCUAGAUGAGCUUUACCGGCUGAUCACCUCAUUCAUCAGAUCCAAACGAAUCGCGGCCUGUGUGAACACGCCCUGCAGUGCCUCUGGAGUUGGGCUAUUGUCUGUUUCCUCUGAGCUGUGCGACAGGCUUGGUGCCUGUCACAUCAUCAUGUGCAGCAGUGGUGUGCACCGGUGCACCCUGAGUGUGACACUGGAGCAGGCCAUCAUUCUAGCCAGAAGCCAUGGGCUGCCUCCUAGAUACAUUAUGCAGGCCACCGAUGUGAUGAGAAAGCAGGGUGCAAGAGUUCAGAACACAGCUAAGAACUUGGGGGUUAGAGACCGGACUCCUCAAUCAGCUCCAAGGCUGUACAAGCUGUGUGAGCCACCACCUCCCGCUGGAGAAGAAUAAGCAUUCCCAAGAGCCAGGCAAGCAGAAGCUUCCAAACACUCACCAAGUUCAACAUUCUCCUCUGAAGAUAACGAGAUGCAUAUUUAAGAUGAAGCCCUUUCCCCUGGUGUAAAUAACUGAUGUUUGGUUUCCCUUUGGAUAUUUAUGUUGGAACUAGCAACUCCUUCAGACAGUUCAGCAUCACACUCUAUGUAUUGACAUUAAAGAUUCAUAUUAGGGCAAAAUUUACUGCUGGAAUUUAUAGGAAAAAUAUACAGAGAUAAAGGAUUAACUAUUUUGCUUCCUUUCUCAUUCAUUAAUUAUAUUGUAUUUGUUUUUAACUUCCCCAAUGGACACGUGUAAUACUUGGUAGAUUUUCUUGAAGAAGUCUGUCACUAAAAAUGAUGGCCACACUCUGGAAGCCAUCAUACAGCAAUGUUACAGACAGUGUAGAUUGGGAGGCACAGGUGUUCAUCUCCCCCCUGAACCACACAGAAGUGCAUGUGUGGGAGGUAGGAAAAUACAAGCCUCUAUUUAUUCUAAGGCUUCUUGGUAGUGAAGAAAGUUGUGAGGUUCUGGAAGGACUUUCUCACUGUUGUCAAGUAUGUUCUCUGUCUGUGUAAACAUUCCAGCAGGAAGGUGCUUCUGUUGAUCUCCGCAAUGAGCCAUGAAUGCUGGGUGAUGGACCAUUGAUGGCUAGGGAGUUGCCAGGAUUGGGGAAAUGAGAGGAGGGAGUGAGGAAGAAAAAAGCCUAUUUGAAAACUCAACCUUGAACUGAGACAGACAAACAUAAUUUUAUGAAGUCUUCUUGUGAGAUGUCAGAUCCUUAAAAUACUAUACCAUCAUGAGUAUUUUUCUAUAAAGUUAUAUAUGUAAGAUGUGAAAAUAGAUUUAUUUGUCGUACUUUAAAGGGCUGUUAGGGCAGAACCUUGAUAAUUUCUGUAACCAAGGUAUAGACUUAUUCAUUCUAAAGUAUAUGCAGUGUUUAUCACGUCUGUGUUGAUACACUAACAUUGUUUUUAACACCGUGAAUAGAUUAAUAUUGGUUUUAAAUAUAUAAUUUUUAAAAUAAUUAAAACAUCAUCACUGUGAUUCUGGUAGAGUUGUACUUUUCUUAAUAAUAGGGAUAAAUUGUGCCUUCAGGUGAUAGUAUCAUUGUACAAAUGUCAUGGGAUACGCUUACACACGCUGAAAUGACUAGGGCCUCAUCAGAUGGUAUGGCCUAUGGAACCAUCUCCUAUAAGACUGUCCAUCACUGACCUGAAGGCCACUGUUCAGCACAGGACUGUGUGUGGAUGUAGGCUAAACACAUGAAAUCCUUACCUUAACUACAGUUUUGGGCAAACCGUUUUACUUUAUAAAUUUCAUGACUUUCAGACCAUCAUUAAAAGCUAUGUUAAUUGCCAGUGAUAUAUUUAAUUUAAAAAAUGUGUUUCAAAGGUAUGGGAUACAUGUAUCCUAGUAGUUAAGGUAAAAAAUUAUUAGGCACUCACAGAGCACCUGAUAUUCUUUCCAAUAAAUCUGUAUGUGAUUAAUCAUGGGAAAACCAACAUCAGUUGCUAAAGAAAAGCCUUAGUAUUUUGAAUUUAAUUAUGAUAGGGCCUACACUUGCAUAUUUACUUAUAGGACGUGCAUUCAUAACUUUCAGGAAAUUAACAUUCUUGCUACCAUUAGCACACAGCUCUGGUGCUCUGAUAACUGUCAUCUGCUGAAAGUUGUGAAAGUGAGAACGGAUCGACUCAAAGGCCCUUUAUGACGCUUUCCUGUUCCUCACUCAUCCUGGAAGUAAGCCUGCACAGAGCUCAAAAGGCCCAUGAAGCACGGUUAUGUUCAUUGAGCAUAUUGUCAGCUUUGGCAGUAUUUAUACAUUAUUCUAAGGAUCCACUCUACAGAACAGAGUGUGAUCAGUGUGGAUAUUUUGAGUUAAACAUAUUAUCUUUGUACACACAGCACUUACUAACUUUAAAAUUUUCCUAGUGGUUUAUAGUAACAUCAAUCCAUCACUGUAAAUUUUUAGUGUAAUAAAAUCAUAGCCUCCAUGGUUUAGGGUGUACUAAAUGGCACCUCUGGUUGCCUCGCCCAAGUUUUGCUAUUCCUUCUUCACAUAGCCUUGUAGCAGUGAUGAAAUAUGACCAUGUUUUAUUACCCACACUCCAUAGCUAAGCUAAAGCAAAGACUAUCCCAGUGACUUGGACAAGUUCACAUGGUGAACAUGGUAGAGUAAGAGUUUAACCUGGGAAACCUACUUUCUUUAUGCAUUGUGCUGCUUUUCUUUAUUAAUGUGAGAGCCAUUAAAAUAUUAAUACUUAUUUUCUUACUAAAGUUGGAGCUUGGUGACGUGUAUUGUCAUUUAAUUAUACAAAUUACGUUGCAAAGUCAAGUGGGAAUAUGCAAAAUGUCUUCAAUGUAUGAGAACUAUAGGGUCUUUGGGGUAUUUCCCAUUCAUAAUUGAAGAGGUUACACAUGUAUUGCAAGCCAGGCUGACGAGAAAACUGAUAAAAAUCUCUGAUAGAUGAGUAAUCGUUUUUUCACUACCAUAAUAUAUACUUCCUUUUGACACUGGAUCUUCAGCAGGUCUUGAAAUUGUAGGACACACUUGCUUUACUGUUGCACUCUCCUCUGUAACCAGUGUUGAUUGACAGGCUGCUGAGAAAGCCUGCUUACUAUUCUUCCUACUUCUGUCUGCAGACAUAGACUACUGUUAAGAGAUUUCCAAUGUUAUCCUGGGCCCUGAAUCCUAUGUACUAUCUCACAGGUUUUUCUCAUUGGUUUCUAGCAUUACAAGGUUUAAUUUUGUCAAAAUAUGAAGAUCUGAGUGCUAAAAAUAUACCUACUUCUUAUUUAGAGAGACAGACAGACAGACAGAGGGUGAGAGCGUCUGUCGCAGAUUUGCUUGACAGGAUGUGUAGUGCUGAGUUUCUAGUAGCUGUGCAUUCCUUCUUAACCAGCAUUCCAUCUGGAGCUCCUGCUGCUUUCUUUCCCUUCAACACACUUUUGUCUAGUGUCUUCAGGCCCUUGUGGCUUCAGUGGCCACUCUGCUUGCAGCAAGAUGCUCAAUUAAAAAGGAAAGACAACACUGUGGCUGUGACUGGCACAGCGGUUGAGCAGUUGACUGGCACAUGGGAAGCCAUAUGUGGAACUGUGUUGGCUCUCCUUUAAGCUCCAACCGCAACACCAGUAUGCAGAAGAGAAUGAUGCCUUAGAAUUGCCAGAACAUCUAGGCCAGCCUGAGCUAGGGAGUGAGUGUGAGAUCAGUGUUAACUACAGUGUGAGACACUGCCUAAGACAGACUAAGAUGCUGCCGUGCGUGUUACAUGGGAAUGGCACUAUUUGUGACUGUAUUGAGUUUAACUUUGAGUACUUCAGUUCAGAAUGACAUGAAGUUGAUCUUAUGCUAAUUUGAGCAAUGAAGGAAAUAAAUGAGAAACAGAUCCCAGAGUAGAUAUUAGCUAACUUUAAGCAAACAAAAUUUCAGAGGUGGUAUUAGCUAGUAUAGGCAAAGUAUGUAUUUAUUUAUUUUUUGGAAGCUUUAGGUUGAGAGUAAACUAUUGUAAUUAAAGCAAAUAUAUUUCUAUUUCAAACAGUCAAGUGCUCUUACAUGAGUCCAAGCUGCUGUAGUGUGCACCAUGAUUCAACAUAGCUGAGCAGGUGUUUUCUUACUCAUUUGUGUUUUUAUAAAAUCAUAUUUUUAAAAUUUCAAAUGAAUAUCCUUGCUUUAACUCAUUUGUCUUUUAGAAAAUUUCUGAAGUAAUUCUAGAUUUUUCACUCUAGUGGUAUUAAAACUAAACUACCAAAAUUUAGUAUUUGACAGAAUUGCUUCUGAGUUUUGGGAAACUAGUUUUUAAGUGAGUUUUCCUGCUAGCCUGUAAUUUAAUGACUCUUCCUUAUCCAGUUAUGAUUUCAUUAACAUGCAUAUGCAUCAGUCAGUAUUUGAAUAUAACAUAUAUUAACUAGUUUUAAAAAAUAAUCCACUUGUGAGGGCAAAAGAGUCUGAAAUGGCUUAAGAUGACCUCAGUUUCAAGUAAAUUAAAACACACUAUACUUUUGUGUCGUUGGAGUUUAAGGAAGAAUCCUAGGGAAAUCUUUACUCUGAAAAAGAAGAGGAAGGGGAAAUAUAAGAGGCAUAUUUACUAAGAAUGGCCCCAACAUAGUAAUUUUACAAAUGGCCACCAUUUUCCUAGGUGUUGAAAUUAAAUGCUGGUCAUAGUGAUUAAUCCUUGGUUUCAGAAUCCUUUGCUACUCUAAUGAUAUGCCAUUGUUGGUGUUGUUAGCAUUCAUGUUGCCAAGUACCACCUGGCAUGCAUGAAGGUCUGCUAAAAUACAGUCUAGUGGGAAGCCUGCUUUACUCAGGACAGUUUCUUCUGUCCCAGGGAUAGAUUCCUGAAGUCUGCUAAAUGACAUACAGAUAUGUGUAUACAUAUGUCCUUAUAUAUCAUUUAUCAACUAUGUUCUAUUUUGUGGAAAUUAAUUAUAAAAAUUAGACUUGUGUGUCUUAUUUGUAUGACAACAUGAAACAUAGAGUUUAUGAAUAAACGAUAUGAUGUCUGCUA